GCUCACUGGAGCCUGUGGGAGGAGAGCGACUCCCAACCAGACGGAGGGCGGCCGAAAAACAGGAAAGUUCCAGCCCCGACUCGACGACCUCUCAAAGUUUUGUUGUUUUUGAUAUAAAGUUGGGGCGAAUCCGACCGCCAAAAAGUUCAGAAAGUAUCCACAAUGUUCAAAGCUGUUUUGAAAAAAAGUCGUGAAGGUGGAAAAGGGAGCAAGAAAGAUUUUGAAAGAACAGAUGCAUGCAAAAUGGAGCAUCAUAAAGACAAACUGCACCUUGGUGUUGACAAUGGACAGCAGAGGCAGAAGAAGGGAGACUCGGGUCUUUUAGAUUGCAGUUCUGCCCCCUUUUCAGUACAAGAUGAUGUAUACAAAAUGAAUGUCUCCAAAGGGGUAUCUAUGUCGCUUCCAUCUUCGCCUCUCCUGCCACGUCAGCCAUUUGCAAUGCAUGCAUGGACAGGCAAAAGGUCCCCAGGCCAGAUCAGGAAGCUGAAGUAUGUGGAAAGUCCUAAGGUACCAGGAGAUACAAUUGCCUCUGCAUUGACCAAGUUAGCAGAGAAAAGGGACCAUUCCCAACUUGGACACAAUGAGUCGCAAAAAAGCAAUGAACGAAGUUCUUCCCCUGCUGCUCAAGAACUCAUGACAAGAUUGGGCUUUCUACUGGGUGAAGGAAUUCCAAGUACUGCUCGUCUGCCUGCAGAAGAGAAGAAUGAAAAAAUGAGAAUCAGUCCAUGUUCGACACUAACCAGCAGUACUGCAUCUCCAGGCACUGACAGCCCAUGCUCAACUCUGAAUAGUUCUAUCAGCAAGCCACCUCAAAACAAACCCAGUCCUUGUGGGACUACCACCAGCUUAAGCUCCACACUCGAAAGCAAGGACAGUGGCAUUAUAGCUACAGUAACCAGCUCAUCUGAAAAUGAGGAGAAAAGUGGUUCCAGUCUAGAAUGGAACAAAGAUGGAAGCAUGAAGGACUGUCUACAACUUGGUAUCACAAAGAAUUUAAGAGCUGAAAGGAGUUUGCCUGAAGCAGAAGAGGGUGCACACAGUUCGGCCUUAAGUCUGUCUAAAACAGAAGCCACUUUAGAUGGCCCUGUUGCUUAUUUGAACCAGUCUGUGCCACCAUACCUGAUGCCAAGACCUAAUUCAGUUGCUGCAACCAGCUCAGCAAAGUUGGAGGAUUUGAGUUAUCUGGAUGAAAGGAACACCCCUCUGCGUACCUCUAUGAGGAUGCCGUGGCAUAACACAGCUGGAGGGAAAGUACAGCAAAAUAUAAAAGCACGAUUUACUCCCUACAAACCAGUUGAUAUUGUCUUAAAGCCAUUGUUGUUUGAAGUGCCAAGCAUCACUACAGAUUCAAUAUUUAUUGGUCGGGAUUGGCUGUUCCAGAAGAUAGAUGGGAAUUUUAAAAAUGAGCUGUCUCCAAUGAACAAAGGAACAAUAAUUGUUGGAAAUGUUGGAUUUGGGAAAACGGCCAUUAUUUCCAGACUGGUGGCACUGAGCUGUCAUGGAGGUCGAAUGAGACAAAUUGCAUCAAACAGCUCUAGUGCAUUCUCAAAAAAUGCGGACCCACAUCAGGAACCUGCGAUGAACCAGCCACUCCAAAUCUCUCCUCCCUAUCAAUGUACUGACACGUUGGGCAGUGAGAAUUAUCCUGGAACACCUGAGCUACAAAAGCAAAGGGAUGAAGCUUUGAAGAGACUUGCAGCUCAGGUUGUUGCCUAUCACUAUUGUCAGGCUGACAAUACUUACACGUGCCUUGUGCCAGAAUUUGUCCACAGUAUAGCAGCUUUACUUUGUCGUGCACCACAACUGACAGCCUUCCGAGAAAUGUUACUGAAGGAAUCGUACCUUCAAAGCGUACUCAGUCUACGUUCCUGUGUCCAAGAUCCAAUUGCUGCGUUUCAGAGGGGUAUCUUGGAGCCACUUGCAAACCUGAUUAAGGAAAACAAGAUCUCUGCAGAGAACUACAUUAUUUUAGUAGAUGGCCUAAAUGAGGCUGAAUUCCACAAACCUGAUUAUGGAGAUACGAUUGCUUCUUUUAUCAUUAAAAUAAUUCCCAAGUUUCCAUCUUGGCUGAAGUUGGUUGUUACUGUAAGAACCAAUCUACAGGAUAUUGCACACCUACUUCCAUUCUUCAAAAUGUCUCUGGAUGAUUUUCCAGAGAAUGAAGAUAUUAACAGGGAUCUGAAUGCAUUCAUCCAUCACAGAAUUAAUGGUAGUCACAGCAUACUCAGUAACAUCGCUUUGAGUGGAAAAACUGACACCAGUACAGUGAGCAAAGUUACCAACCAUCUUAUCAUGCGAAGCCAAGGAUCUUAUCUGUAUUUGAAGCUGACUUUAGAUUUGUUUGAAAAAGGUCAUCUUGUCAUUAAGAGUACAAGCUACAAGGUAGUGCCUGUCUCCUUGUCAGAAUUGUACCUUCUGCAAUGCAACAUGAAGUUUCUAACACAAACUUCCUUUGAAAGGGCCCUCCCUGUAUUAAAUGUUGCCUUGGCAUCCCUUCAUCCAUUGACAGAUGAGCAGAUUUUCCAAACAAUAAAUGCUGGCUUUGUGAAGGGUGAAUUGGAAUGGGAGGAUUUCCAGCAGAGGAUGGAGGGCCUUUCAUGUUUUCUGGUCAAACGAAGGGACAAAACACGAAUGUUUUGUCAUCCAUCAUUUAGAGAGUGGCUGGUUUGGAGAGCAGAUGGUGAGAACAUGGAUUUUCUUUGCGACCCAAGGAGUGGGCAUGCACUUAUGGCAUUCAUGUUUUCUCGCCAAGAAGGAAAGCUAAAUCGACAACAGACUGUAGAAUUUGGCCAUCACAUACUGAAAGCACACAUCUUUAAGGGUCUGAGCAAGAAGACAGGCAUAUCUUCAAGUGUCCUUCAAGCUCUUUGGAUGAGUUAUAGCAGUAAUGGAUUGUCUGCUGCAUUUGCAUCCUUACGAAAUCUUUACACUCCCAAUGUGAAGGUGAGUCGGUUGUUAAUUUUGGGAGGAGCCAGCGUGAACUACCGAACUGAAGUGUUAAACAAUGCUCCCAUCCUUUGUGUUCAAUCACACCUUGGGCACCAGGAAAUGGUAAAUCUACUGCUUGAAUUUGGAGCUGGGGUUGAUCAGAUUUCUGAAAGCGGUGUUACAUCGUUAUGCCACGCUGCCGCUGCAGGACACCUGAAUAUUGUGAGUCUUCUAUGCAGGAAAGGAGCUAAGGUUGAUUACACGGAUAAAAAUGGCCAGUGCGCAUUGGUUCAUGCUGCUUUAAGAGGUCAUCAUGAAGUAAUUAAAUAUUUACUCAAAGCAGAUUGGACAUUAAGCAUACAGCACCAGCAAUCUUUCAAGAAAAGUCAAGCUCUUCAGCAAGCCCUGAUCGCAGCUGCAAGCAUGGGACACAGUGAAGUUGUGAAUAAUCUCCAUGCUUUUGAUGGUGAACAAAGAAUAGACAUAAAUAGCUUUGAUACACUUUGGGGUGAAACAGCUCUCACAGCAGCAGCAGGAAGGGGUAAAUUGGAAGUAUGUGAACUUCUUCUGCAACAAGGAGCUGUUGUAUCCCAUCCUAAUCGUAGGGGUAUUUCUCCAGUAUUUUGUGCAGCAAGACAGGGCCACUGGCAGAUUGCUGAACUAUUGUUUCGGCAUGGUGCUGAUGUGAACGCAACAGACAAGCAAGGUCGUACACCACUCAUGGUGGCUUCUUGUGAAGGACAUGUGAACACUGUUGAAUUUCUACUUUCAAAAGGUGCUUCCAUAUCUUCAGUAGAUAAGGAGGGAUUGACUCCUUUGAGUUGGUCUUGCCUGAAGGGGCAAAAAGCUGUGGUUCAGAUUUUGGUGGAGAAGGGUGCAUCUAUUGAUCACACAGAUAAGAAUGGUCGCACUCCUCUAGACCUAGCUGCUUUUUAUGGUGAUGCUGACAUUGUUCAGUAUCUGGUGGAAAGAGGUGCCAUGAUUGAACACGUUGACCACAGUGGAAUGCGUCCAUUAGACAGAGCAAUCGGAUGCUGCAACACUUCAGUUGUGGUAAUGUUGCUUAAGAAAGGUGCAAAACUAGGUAAUGCUGCAUGGGCAAUGGCUACAUCCAAACCAGACAUUCUGAUAAUUUUAUUACAGAAACUAAUGGAAGAGGGCAACCUUCUUUAUAAGAAAGGAAAAAUGAAGGAGGCAGCCCAAAGAUACCAGUAUGCUCUAAGGAAAUUUCCAAGAGAAGGAUUUGGCGAUGAAGUAAAAUCUUUCAGAGAUCUGAAGAUUUCUCUUUACUUAAACUUGUCCAGAUGCCGGAGGAAAACCAAUGACUUUGGAAUGGCUGAGGAAUUUGCUUCUAAAGCACUGGAUUUAAAGCCAAAAUCAUAUGAAGCUUACUAUGCCAGAGGAAGAGCCAAAAGAAGCAGCAGACAAUUUGCUGGAGCUCUUGCAGAUCUACAAGAGGCUGCUAAGCUUUGCCCGGGCAACCGAGAAAUAAAGAGACUUCUUGCACGGAUUGAAGAGGAAUAUAAACAGGUGCAGCGAACACAACAGCAAAAACAACAAUUUCAGCAACCGCAGCAAAACAUUGAAUCUGAUAAUGAAGAAGAAUUAUUAAGCCAGCACCUUGAGAAUGCGCCACUUGAUGGACUCGACGAGCUUGGUGCAUCUAAUGAAGUCAUGACCAUCUCAUCAAGGCCACAGCAAUGUCCAAACACAUUUAAAAAGUGUCCGCAAGAUAUAGUUUCUCAGAAAUUAAGACCGGCAUCACCUCAGAAUAAAUUGACACACAAGUAUCUCAGAGAACCACUCUCACAACAAGGAAUAGUUAUGCAACCACCUAAACAAGCUCAAAUUGUGAAAACAAACCAGCAUAUGAAUUUGGUACAAGCUGGAGGAAGAACAGCAGGUUACCAAUAUAGCAGUAAAACUCCACUCCCAACACAAUUUCCUCCAAUUCCUUUGCCGGGCAACAGAAAUGUACAACUGGAGCCUGCAAUUAAUAGUGGAAAUCAUUCUGGAACUUGUGGAGAAAGAGUGACCUCUGUUAGGUCUGUACAGCAGAAGCAUGAAGGACAAACAGCAACUGAGGUUUUUAUAAAUACAGGAAUACCAUCAGAAAUAACACAUGUAGAGUCCCAGCAGAAAACAAAUUUACCAGAAAAUACAAGUCAAGUUAAAGAACUGGAUACAACCCAUCAAGGAUUUGUGACUUGCAUCUCUACACCAAUGCAUGAACCAGUCAUGAAAGUUUCUGGUUCAACCACCAGUGUUGUCCCAAAUAGUAGCAUUCCUGGAGGGCAGACUCCAGAUCCAAUGCAGACAUCUGAUACUCAUGUCAAAAACAGUUUGGAAUGCACAAUAGAAAAAUCCAACCCAAACUUGAGUGGGACAGAUAGACCAAGGACUACGCCAUUUAUGGGAGUUAUUGAUAAAAGAGUCAGAUCCCAGCAAUAUCUGCCCAGCGGUCAACAGAUUCGUACCUGGCACGACCAGUCCGCGGAUGCAUUAGUUGCAAAUUCUACCUCUAUUACUGGUGGUCAAAAUAUUCACUCCGAGGUGCAGCUUGCCAAAACUAUCAGUCCCUACCACGAUCCUAUGAAACUUCCAACUCCAGUCUCUGCUGGAACACUUCACAAUGGAAUGCAUUCCAAGCCCGGUCAAACAACCAUGAACAUUCAAGAACCCAGUACAUCCGUGACUGUUCCGCAUUCUUUACAAGAGAGUAUUUCUAAACCACAAUCUAACGUAGACCGAGACGUUCAUUCAAGUAACAUUAAUUCUGUCAAGCCAAAGCGAUCAUUUAUAGAAUCUAAUGUGUAAAAGUAUCCAUUGGACCAAAUAACACAAGCUGUCAACAAUUAUUAAUACACAUUUUUUUCCCUCUCUACAUUAUAAUUCACUAGUGGAGUAUGCUGGCCCUGGUUAUUGGUCAGUAUGAUGCUUAUCACCAAGGUUUGACUGUUACAUAACAACAUUGCAUGUUGAUUAUAUAACAAAAAUAAGGUUUAACCAAGCUGGCUGUUGCACUGAAUUAUUUUAAUACAGCAUUUAACAAAAGAAUAACUGCACUUUAUGAAAGUACAAAUUAUAAAAUGCCUUAAAGUGCUUUUGCUGUAAUUUAUAAGUAUUUAUAUAGUAUGAAUUAGAUUAAUAUACAAUAUGCCAUCAUCAUUGUUAAUCAGCACAAAGGGAGUUAUUAAAAUUUGAAGCAGUUUUUAUCUCAGCCAUUUGUAAAUUUUAUAAGAGAUCCAGCUUUGAAAUGAAACAAGUCCUUCACUUGCAGAAAGGUUUAUGUAAUCUUAAAAUGAAGUACUCAUUUGUAAUCAGUGUUGCACACUAAUCAAAUUAAAACAUGUUAAUCAAAUAUAGUCAGUGUCAAUUUAAAUGUAAUGGUUUGUUAUCAAUUUAAGUACUAACUUUAUUUAUUGAAUUUGUUCCUGCUUAAGUAUUUGUAAAAGCAGACAUUUUACCUAGUUAUUUUUUGCACAACACGUGUAACUGUUUCAUUAUGACAUGCAUACAUUUUCAUUGCUGUUGCUGCUUAACUGUGGGAAGAAGGCAGUAGUUUGAAACAUUGGUUAAUUUUUGUAAUGACCUUCCAAUAUUGUUCAUGUAUCCUUUGCAACUCUGUUACAAAUAGAGAAAAACCGUUUCAUGUAUUGUUUGAUUGGUUCCUCACUGAAAGCCCAGGUUAAAAUAUGGCACAUUGAAGAAAAAAAAUAAAAUCAUAUUCUAA